AUGACCACACCGGCAGGCUCGGGCGCAGGCUUCGGCUCCGUGUCCUGGUGGGGCCUGUCCCCGGCGCUGGACCUGCAGGCUGAGAGUCCUCCUGUGGACUCGGACUUGCGGGGCGAUGCAGAGCCCAGGACCCCCGAGCUAGAUGUACUGCUGCUGGGAUCCGUGGAUGGGCGGCACCUGCUUCGGACCCUGGCCCGGGCGGCGCUCUGGCCUCGCAGGAGGUUACAUUUCUAUGUGCUAGAGAAUAAUCUGGAAGCUGUGGCUCGACACAUACUGAUCUUCAGCCUAGCUUUGGAGGAACCUGAGAAGAUGGGGUUGCAAGAGAGGAGCGAGACCUUCCUGGAGGUGUGGGGGAACGCGCUGCUGCGCCCCCAGGUGGCCGCCUUCGUGCGCGCCCAGGCCAAGCGCCUGGUGCACCUGGUCCCAGAGCCCGACCGCCUGGCGGAGCAGCUGCCCUGGCUCAGCCUGGGCGCCCUCAAGUUCCGCGAGCGCGACGCCCUGGAGGCUGUGUUCCGAUUCUGGGCCGGCGGGGAGAAGGGGCCCGAGGCCUUCCCCAUGAGCCGCCUCUGGGACUCCAGGCUGCGCCACUACCUGGGCUCCCGUUACGACGCCCGGCGCGGUGUCUGCGACUGGGACUUGCACAUGAAGCUGCACGACCGCGGGGCCCGAGUCAUCCACACUCGCGAAUUCCGGCGUUGGAGGGACACUGGUGUGGCCUUUGAGCUCAGAGACUCCAGCGCCUACCACAUGCCAAACCGGACCCUUGCGUCAGGUCGCCUCCUGAGUCAUCACGGAGAGCGUGUCGCAGCACGCGGGUAUUGGGGGGACAUCGCCACGGGGCCAUUCGUGGCCUUUGGCAUCGAAGCAGAUGAUGGCAGCCUCCUGCGGACCAGCAAUGGACAGCCAGUCAAGACCGCCGGUGAGAUCACGCAGCACAACGUGACCGAGCUGUUCCGAGAGGUGGCCGCCUGGGGGCGCCCGAGAACCGCCCAGGGAAAGCCUGAGCAAGUGCACCAGGACGGGGAUGGAAGCCCAGAGCGCGCUGCUCCUGCCCCGGAAUUCUUCACUGUGCACUUCCUGCCUCUCGGCUCUGCCCAGACCCUUCACCACAAAAGCUGCUACAAGGAACGGUUCCAGCUUCUCUAUGUGGCCUGUGGGAUGGUGCAUCUUCUUAGCCCAGAUCUGGGGGCCACCGUGGCCCCUGGAGGACGCCUGGUGGUGGAAUUAGCGCGAUACCUGGUGGACCUGCGGCAGGAGCAGCUGCAGGGGUUUGCCAGCCGGGUCGGGGAGCUCGCUCGGGCGGCUGGGUUCACCCCACUGCCGCAGGCCAGGCCCUCGGAGACCUUCGCGCGCUUCCACAAGGCCCCAGACUCCGCUUGCGGCGCUGACUCCGCUGUGGACUCCAUGACUCCGCCCCCUGACGUCCCAACCCCGCCCCUUGAGGAACUGAGCCAGGCUCUGGAAGGCGGGACCCCACCCCCUGAGCCCCUCAAGCGGCCCCCAGAGUCUCCGGCUCUACCCACAGAGUCAGACCCCACAACCGGAGAGUCUGACCCCUGUCCCCAUCUCUGA